AUGGGUGAAAAAUUUGAAGAGUCGAAGGAUUUAAUGACAUUUAUUUUAGAAGAAGAGUUGAAUGAUGAGGAAGAAAAUGUGGUACUACCUGUGGUGUUAAAGGAUGAUGAGAAAGUUGAAGAACCGAAAGCAUCAAUGAUAUUUAGUUCAUUAGACGAAAUCUGCUCUUAUCAUAGGAAGUAUGCUAAGCAAGCUGAUUUUGGUAUAGCGCAUAGAAGCUCGAGAAAAAAGAAGGGUAUAAAAGGUUACGUAAUGCUUAUAUGUACUCGUGGAAGUACAGAACGACCAAGAACAAGUGAUUGUGCGAAGCCAACUCCAGCAACUAAUAGAACAGGGUGUGGUGCCAGGAUUUUUGCAAAUUUAAGUAAUGAUGGAACGUGGUUUUUGAGUAAAGUUGAGUUGACGCAUAAUCAUUCGUUAAGCCUGGGCAAAACGAGAUUUUUUAGGAGCAAUAAGAAAAUUAAUGAUGCUGCAAAAAGAAGGUUUGAGCUAAAUGAUAAAGCAGGAAUACAUUUGUGUAAAAAUUUCAAUUCAUUAGUUGUUGAAAGUGGGGGGUUUGAAAAUCUUUCCUUUGGAGAGAGAGAUUGUCGGAAUUAUAUUAACAAGGCAAGAGAACUCAAUCUUGGUAAAGGAGGUGCUCAAGCACUUUGUGAUUACUUCAGAAGAAUGCAAAAGCAGAAUAGUGGCUUCUACUAUGUGAUAGAUGUGGACGAUGAUUGUAAGUUAUGA